AUGGCCAUUGUUACCUCAAAAUCAACUAGUAAGGCGAACCUCUCGCAAACUUUUCCAUUCGAGAACGCCGCCGCCAACCAUGAUGCUUCAUUUUCUUCAUACUUCAGCGGCAAUGAGGAAGCCGUCGUGCAUAAACUCGCCGAUCAGGCGAGCAAGGAGCAGCAGCAUAACAAUAACAUUCACUUGGGAGCAGAAAAGGAAGCAGCUGACGACGAAGAAAUUGGAGUGUUCAGAGCUGAAAAAUACUUCAAUGGAGUAAUAGAUGAGGAGACAAGCGUCACAAGCCCGAAAAGCGGCUGCAGCAGCACAAAUAAGUACCAUCAUAACAAGGAUAAACCAGUAAGUAUGGAUCACAUGAAGAUAAGGGUUCAGCCGGGGACUCCGAGUGUGCGUUCUGAAUCGAGCUGGAACAGCCAAAGCAACUUGCUUCGAAGCGCGUCGAGAAAUCCUUACCGGACAAACACAACUACGGGAAACAAACAGAGGAAGAACUUCUUUGCCAGCCUUGGCUGCAAAUGUUCGUGUUCAGAUAAGAAUUCGGUUGAUGUGGAUGAACACGUCGGCGAGAUCAGCUUCAAGAAGAACGACAAUGGUGCAAACACAAGCUGCACGACAACACCAAUUAAUCAUAAACCUCCUGGUGUGGCAGAGAUUGUUGAUGAAGUUGUAGUUGAUAUGAAAAAAAACGAAAAGCUCGAAAAGUUAGGAGUUGAGUUGGGAAGAGAGAACUGUUUUACUUUCCCAACUUUAAAAUCCGGGGCGGGGAGUUUGCCGCCGAAGAUGCUUCCCUUUCAACAAGCAGAAGAGGAAGCAGAGAAAGUGAGGAAGUCUCUGGAGGUGUUCGGCUCCCCUGUGUUUGUGAAGCGAAAUAAGUCUUUCGCCCUUGGAAAAAAACUUACAAUGCUGCCGCGGGAUGAGUUUCCGGCAAAUUCUGGUGGUGUAAUCUACAACAAUGAGUCGGAUAGUGAUGCAAGUUCGGAUCUUUUCGAGAUCGAGAGCCUCACCGGCAAAGCAAACCCUUUUCUUGCGCGGCAAGCAUCAGAUGCUGGCUCUGCGACGCCAACGAAUUGUUAUGCGCCGAGUGAGGCGAGCAUAGAGUGGAGUGUGGUCACCGCCAGCGUUGCUGACAUGUCCAUGAUGUCCGACUUCGAAGAUCACCAGAGACCAGCGAAAAUGGCUCCGAAUUCUACAAAUGCCAAAGCAAGAAUGAGCAAGGAAAUUCUGAGGCACCACUCCGGGGCACUGUUGGGUUGUAAGAGCCAUAAAUCUGUGAAAGUUGCAGGAGAUGCACACAGAAGUACAUAUCAACACGAGAAGAACAAUUUCGAACCACAGAUCAUGCGUCACCGGGCAGAAUCAUACAUGGCAGGGACAAGGUUUCAAGCUGAGACAACUAAUAAGCUGGCAAGCUUUGAUGCCAGAGUACAAGGGCAUGCUCUUGCACAGGGACGAAGCCAGAAAUUUAACUAA